AUGGGGCUGGAGGCUGGAAUCCUGACGCAGUGUGGAACCCCCGGUUUGAAACCCCCGGUGUGGAACCCCAGUGUGGAACCCCGCCCCCAGUGUGGAACCCCGGUGUGGAACCCUGGUGUGAAGCCCCCAGUGUGGAACCCUGGUGUGGAGCCCCUGGUGUGGAACCCCCGGUGUGGAGCCCCCGGUGUGGAGCCCCCCGUGUGGAGCCCCGGUGUGGUGCCCCGGUGUGGAACCCUGGUGCGGGGCCCUGGUGUGGAACCCCGGUGUGGACCCCCGGUGUGGAGCCCUGGUGUGGAACCCCCGGUUUGGAACCCCCGGUGUGGAACCCCAGUGUGGAGCCCCCGGUGUGGAACCCCGGUGUGGAGCCCCCAUGUGGAACCCCGGUGUGGAGCCCCCGUGUGGAACCCCCGGUGUGGAACCCUGGUGUGCAACCCCCGUGUGGAACCCCGGUGUGGUGCCCCGGUGUGGAGCCCCGGUGUGGAGCCCCCGGGUGGAACCCAGGUGUGGAACCCCGGUGUGGUGCCCCGGUGUGGUGCCCCGGUGUGGAACCCCCGGUGUGGAACCCCCGGUGUGGAGCCCCCGUGUGGAACCCCGGUGUGGAACCCCCCGUGUGGAGCCCCCGAUGUGGAGCCCCCCGUGUGGAACCCCGGUGUGGAACCCCGGUGUGGUGCCUCGGUGUGGAACCCCGGUGUGGAACCCCGGUGUGGAACCCCCGGUGUGGAACCCCCCGUGUGGAAAUCCCGGUGUGGAACCCCCGGUGUGGAACCCCGGUGUGGAACCCCCGGUGUGGUGCCCCGGUGUGAAACCCCCGUGUGGAACCCCCGGUGUGGAACCCUGGUGUGGAACCCCCGUGUGGAACCCCCGGUGUGGAACCCCCCGUGUGGAAACCCCGGUGUGGUGCCCCGGUGUGGAACCCCAGUGUGGAACCCCGGUGUGGAACCCCCGGUGUGGAACCCCAGUGUGGAGCCCCCGUGUGGAACCCCCGGUGUGGAACCCCGGUGUGGAACCCCCGGUGUGGAACCCCGGUGUGAAACCCCCGUGUGGAACCCCCGGUGUGGAACCCUGGUGUGGAACCCCAGUGUGGAACCCCAGUGUGGACCCCCCGUGUGGAACCCCGGUGUGGAGCCCCUGUGUGGAACCCCCGGUGUGGAACCCCCCGUGUGGAAACCCCGGUGUGGAACCCCCGGUGUGGAACCCCGGUGUGGAGCCCCGGUGUGGAACCCCCGUGUGGAACCCUGGAAUGGAACCCCUGGCGUGGAGUAG